AGAAAACUGAGUACAAAUAUAAAGUAACGAUUUCACACGUGUAAGUAUUUUGCCAGCAGACGGUAAUAUCAUAACUGUCUCGUUUAGUUUUUCGUCUUUCUUUUGAAGUUGCAAUAUGUCUACUGAAGAUUGUGUAGAAAACAAAGAAAACAUGGCUGAGACUAAUGGAUCAGGUUUAACUGAUCAGGAAAAGAAAAUAAUUUACCAAAUGGAGUACUAUUUUGGGGACAUUAAUUUGGCAAAAGACAAAUUUCUACAGGAGAAAAUCAAAGAAGAUGAUGGCUAUGUAACAUUUGAGGUUUUGCUAACAUUCAACAAAUUAAAGAGUAUCACAGAAGAUGUAGAAGUUAUUGUUGCUGCCAUUAAGAAAUCUGAAAAUAAUCUAUUAGAGGUGUCGGAAGAUGGGAAGAAAGUUCGAAGGUCACCUGAAAAACCAUUACCUGAAAAUAACAAAGAAAGAAGAGAUGAUCUCAAUAACCGUUCUAUUUAUUGUAAAGGAUUCCCUGAGGACUGUGAUUUUGACACAAUUAAAGAAUUUCUUGAUAAACAUGGUGUUGUGGAAAAUAUUUAUCUUCGUAGAAUUGGAAAGAAAUUUAAGGGAUCCAUUUUUGCUGUGUUUAAAACUAAAGAACAAGCUGACUCAUUUGUGAAAGCAGAAUCAAUCAAAUUUGGUGAAACAGAAUUAAAAAGACUGUUAAGGACUGAUUAUUUCCUGAGUAAAACAGAAGAAAAACGACAAUUAAAAUUAGAGAAAGAAAAAGCAGCAAAAGAGGAAACAGCAAAACAGAUGAAUGAGAGGUUAGAGAAUAUGAAAGAUAGUAUAACACAUGGUACUAUUUUACAUCUAGAAGGUUUUGCAGAUGAUACAUCACGUGAGGAUGUUCGAAACUUCUUUGAAGAUUUUUCAAAAGUUGCAUGGGUUGAUUUUAACCCUGGUGAUAAAAAGGGUCAGGUGAGGUUUGCUGAAGAGAAUCAAGCACAAGUAGCAUUAGAUAAAGCUAAAGAAGCUAAUGGUGGUAAAAUAGAAUUAAAUGGUGGUGAAUUACAGGGUCGAGUUCUUGAGGGAGAGGAAGAGCUUAGUCACUGGAAAAUGAUAUUUUCUGACCGAUCAAAUCGUGAUAUGAAUAGAAGGAAACCAAUGAAGAGGGGCCGAGGCAAGUUUGGUUCCUUUAAGGGUAAACGACGAGGUCAGAAUAAUGAUGGAGCACCUGCAGCAAAAGCAGCAAAAACAGAAUGAUGUUAAGACAACUAAUAUCUUUGUUUUAUCUUUUUGUAAAUAAUUGUUAUGUCUAUGAAAUGUUUUUAAAUUCAACCAUCAUUCAACCAUCAUGGAAUAAAUUAUCAUUUGUAUAUAGUAUCAUGAAUAUAAAUAUAUAGUAGUGAAUAUUUUAAUAAGUCACAGAACAGCGUAAUGUUCAUCAUUUGUUCAUUCUAUUAGAUCGAGUAUUCUUCUUGUAUUUCAUCAUGUAGUUGAAUCAUACAGUACAUAAAUGUAUUACUGACAAAGGGGAAACCACAUUGGAAAAUCCUGAACUUUCUGGCCAACCAUGUGGAAUUAAACACAGGACAUUCAUGUUAGCAAGCAAACACCUUAAGUAUAAAUUAAUAUAUUGAAGAAUCGGGAAUUAGAUUGAAUGAUAUUUAUUUGGAUUUAAAAUAGUUGUAGUGUGAAAGGAAAUGUAUGAUUAAAUGUAUAUUUUAAAUUAUCAGUACAAAUAAUGUAGAUUAUUGGGUUAUUUUGUCAUUUAUUUAGCCUCUUUGACCCAAACUGGUCUUGUACUCAACAUAAUCAUGUCAAUGUAAAUAUUCUAUCAAAAUAUCACAUAAAAUAAAACAUUCAAUUCUGUU